GACGUCACGCGCGGCGUCAUUCCAGAAGAUUCGGCCGGGGCCCGUAUAAAGCCCGCGGAAGAGGCGGGGCCGCCGGGAUCGCUGAGCGGGCGGCGGAGGCAGCAGCGUUACUUGCAGCGGAGUAACCGCGGUGGCACCCACCAUGGUGAAGGAGACGGAAUACUACGACAUCCUGCAGGUGAAGCCUAAUGCCUCCUCCGAGGAGAUCAAGCGCGCUUACCGCAAGCUGGCGCUGAAGUACCACCCCGACAAGAACCCCAGCGAGGGCGAGCGGUUUAAACUUAUAUCCCAGGCAUAUGAAGUUCUGUCGGACCCAAAGAAAAGGGACCUCUAUGACCAGGGUGGGGAGCAGGCUAUUAAAGAAGGAGGCCUGAGUGGCGGCAGCUUCUCUUCACCCAUGGACAUCUUUGACAUGUUCUUUGGUGGUGGAGGCCGAAUGAAUAGAGAGAGAAGAGGCAAAAAUGUGGUGCACCAGUUAGGUGUAUCUCUUGAAGACCUGUAUAAUGGUAUUACAAGGAAACUGGCACUGCAAAAGAAUGUUAUUUGUGCAAAGUGUGAAGGUUAUGGCGGAAAGAGAGGGGCAGUUGAAAAAUGUCCUGUGUGUAAAGGAAGAGGGAUGCAAGUUAUAGUUCAACAGAUUGGACCUGGCAUGGUGCAGCAAAUCCAAACUGUGUGUCCAGAAUGCAAAGGCCAAGGUGAAAGAAUAAAUCCAAAGGACAGGUGUGACAACUGCAAUGGCUGUAAGGUUGUAAGAGAGAAAAAGAUCAUAGAAGUUCAUGUUGAUAAAGGUAUGAAAGAUGGUCAGAAAAUAGUAUUUCAUGGAGAAGGUGACCAGGAGCCUGAUUUGGAGCCUGGUGAUGUCAUAAUUGUGCUUGAUCAAAAGGAUCACAGUGUCUUUCAGAGACGAGGGCAUGACUUAAUUACAAAAAUGAGAAUUCAACUCUCGGAGGCCUUAUGUGGUUUCAGGAAGACAAUUGAAACUCUGGACAACAGAGUUCUUGUCAUAUCUACUAGGCCAGGUGAAGUAAUAAAACAUGGUGACCUAAAGUGUAUCUACAAUGAAGGGAUGCCGGUCUACAAAUCUCCAAUGGACAAAGGCAGUCUGAUUAUACAGUUUUUGGUCCAGUUUCCAGAGCACUACUGGCUCCCAAGGGAGAAACUGUCUCUGCUGGAGGCUCUGCUUCCUUCACGAGAAGAUGUUAUGGUUACUGAUGAGAUGGAUCAGGUAGACCUUGAGGAUUUUGAUCCAAAUGAGCAAACCUACCGUAACAGUGCAGGAGAAGCGUAUGAAGAAGAUGAGGAGGGUCCAAGAACAGGAGUACAAUGUCAGACAUCUUAAAGUAAGGUGGAGUGGAUGUCAUCGAAGAUGUAAAUUUUCACAAUGAAAACUGCAUGGCUGUAAUAGCCACUGCUUGUGGUUUUUGUGUUCAGCAAAUUGAGUUGCUGCGCUGUCAGUAUCACCUUUUUGUAACUAAUUUAUAUUGUGUUCUUGUAGUCUUUCUAUAUAAAGCAAAUGUCAUACAGCUGAGAACCAACUGAGUUGGUAUGCAUUUUCCUUGCUGUGAAGGUUCUCAAUUUAUUUCACCUGUGCUGUUUCUAUAAGACUUCAGCAAUAUUGAUAGAGGCUAAGUGGAGUGUCUUAUGUAAAUACUUUCAUAUUGGAAAAUUAAUUUCAUAGAAUAAAACAUAGCAGAAUAACUUCUAAUAAAUAGUACUUCACCUUUUCUCAUGCUUCUCUUGUACUUUUCUAAGCCACUCUAGAACCCCUUUUGUUUAAACAAGUUCUUCUAAGCUCAGACUCCUCACCUACUCUAGAUUAUUCUCAAUAUUAAGCUUUGUGUUAGCUGCACCACUUAUACCUGUCUCAUUUUGUAUUUCAGAAGCAUUUUGUGCAUGCCCUUGUCUCUGCCUCAUAGCCCUCUUCCUGUGUUCUGUGUGUUGAGAGUAGCAUUCCUUCAGCUGCCUCUCUGUGUGUGACCUAAGGUUACAAGCUGUCCUCUAAUGUUACUUACAAGCAAAUACUUCCAAAUAAAAGUUUGACCUUUCAGAAGCUCAAGCUUUGUAUUUCAGCCUUCCCUAGAUAGGGUUUUGACUUCCUCCUAGGCAUUGUAUACUUGUGCCUUAAUGAAAAUGAAUAAACCAAAACCACCUGCAUUGGGUAUACUGCUGCUGUUUUAUAACAUACAUGGUCGCACAGUACACUGAUCCCAUUAAAGCUUUUUUCCUUUCUACUUA